AUGGCUGCACCACUCGCCUCACUGUCCUCGCAAGAGUAUGCGCGGGUAGAAGACUACCUAAACGAUAAGCUACAGUCUGAUGAGGAUCUCGACAGCUUGGAUUCCCUGCUCCAGACGCUCCGAACACAGCAUGAAUUGCAACGCAGACAACUCGUUGAGGCGCAAGAAGCACUUGAAGAAGCCACAAAAGCUUCGAACGACCACCGCGAUGCCGUACGAAAGCAAGUCGAAACGUUCAACCAAGAGCAGGCAGAAAUCGACCGGCGCCUCAUGAUCAUCACUCAGUCCGAAACGAGCGAUGACGCCGUGCGCAUAUUCGAAUCGAGCAUGCAGAAGCUCCAGCGACUUGAUGUCGCGAAGGGAUAUUUUUCACAAUUGCAAGAGAUCGAAACAUUGAGCAAGAGUGCAUUAGAACAUAUGAAUAGCGAUCCAACGUCAGCGAUACCUCUAUAUAAAGCCCUUCGAAAUAUCUCUAGGUCGUUACAAGCAGCACAAGUCGCUGCGGAGGGUGCUGCUCCUCACCUCGUUGACCACGCCGAGCAGCUUGCGAAUUCAGUCAAAGAGCAGCUGCAGGAUCGAUUUAGUAGUCAAUUACAGGAGGCACUCGAUAAAUUGAAAUGGCCGAGCAGGGAACUGGUACUUAACGAGGCUUUCGUGCAAGAAUGGGUAACAAGUGUUGACUUGUUGCUUGACUUACAAGAACCUGACCUAAAAUCCUACUCGGAAUCUUCAUCCUUUCGGAGCGCAGACAUCCAAGUGCUAUUGCCACUAGAAAUUAUGAUGCAUCCCUUAGAGCUCCGCUUCAAGUAUCACUUCAGCGGUGCUAAGCCUACAAAUAGGCUAGAUAAGCCGGAAUACUUCCUGUCCCACAUUUCUGACCUGAUAAGUACCUAUAACGGUUUCUUCACGACAUAUCUACAACCUGUACUAGAUCGAAGAGCCGACAUCGUGGAUGAAGAACUAAGAAGCCAUUUUCUAAGUGCAACGAAUGCGUUUAUCACAUCUCUUCUUCCAAUGGUCAGGCGGAAAAUUGACACUUUCAUACCACAAGUGGAGACAAGUCCUCAAUUACUGAGUCACUUUGUACACGAACUUAUGAAAUUCGAUGAUGAUCUACGACAAACGUGGAAUUACCUUCCUAAUCCCUAUUCAGCCGAAAACUGGAAAGGUCUGACAUCGGAAAUUCUUGGCCAGCAAAAUUGGUUCGAACGAUGGCUCCAGGUUGAGAAGGAGUUUGCUUUGUCUCGAUACAAGGAUAUUAUUGAUACGCCAGAGAGCGGGCAAAUUGACUAUGAUGGUGUUGACGCUAAUGUCACAAAACCGACGAGUGCUGCCAUUAGGGUUAAUGACCUCCUUGAAACCGUUACGGAUCUGUACAGACCACUGUCAUCUUUCAGCCAGAAACUCCGAUUCUUGAUCGACAUUCAAAUCACCAUAUUCGACCAGUUCCACGAACGUCUGCGCUCUGGAUUAGAGGCCUAUCUUGCAAUGACAUCCGCCAUUGGCCGCACGGUACAAGGUAAUGAUCAAGGCACUCUCGAAGGAGUGGCCGGACUUGAUCGGCUCUGUCGAAUUUUCGGGAGUGCGGAGUAUCUAGAGAAGAAAAUGCAAGACUGGAGUGACGAUGUGUUCUUUCUUGACUUAUGGUAUGAGCUUCAAGAUCGGGUCCGACGAAAGCACGGCGAUGGAAAGAAUGUUGUCGGCCCAAUGUCAGUCGCGGAAGUGGCUCAGAGGACCUCUCAGGCGGUUGCCGAGGCCGGUCAAGGACGAAGCUCCGAGGGUGCAUUAUUCGACGAAACAGCAUCAGCGUAUCGCCGCCUCAGACUACGCUCCGAAAGCAUCAUAGUAUCCACAUUCUCUUCUGAAGUUCAAUCGUCUCUCAGACACUACUCUCGGGUAUCAAUGUGGUCUUCACUCUCUGCACCUUCGGCAAGCUUUCCUCACCCCCUUACCUCCGAGCUUACCCCUACACUUCGCAUCAUAUCCUCAAAUCUCUCUUUCCUUGCCCGCGUCCUAGGUACAGCACCUUUGAGGAGGAUAAAUAGGCAAGUCCUUUUGGCCCUGCAAAGUUAUAUAUUGGAUAAUGUCAUCUCGCGUCAUUCUUUCUCUGCCGCUGGCGUAUCUCAGCUUAUGAGUGAUAUUGAUCAUCUAUGUGGAGUAAUCGACAGUGCUCUUGGACACCACUCUUCGUCAGCGGCUUAUCAAGGGGAAGCCGGUCGAGUCAUGCGAAAACUUAGCGAAAGUUUAGUGCUACUGGGUCUCAGGAUCAAACCCCAGAGUACCAAAUCAGAUGAAAAUAAUGAGACCUAUGGGGUUGAAUUAGGGCUAUGGGAAGUCGAAAGGAGAUUGUUCGCAAACAAUGAAAGCGCUCGCGAAGUCUUAAGUGAGCUAGAGAUUGAGACCCUGACUGAGGCAGAAGCGAGAGCAAUCUUGGAAAAGCGAGUUGAAAUCCGCAGCUGA